AUGGCGCACGUCUUCGGCGACAGCGAGAAGGAGUCGGAAUUCGGCUACGUGUACAAGGUCUCGGGACCCUUGGUGAUCGCCGAGAACAUGCACUGCGCCGCCAUGUACGAGCUGCGUUGUGCGCGUGGGAUCAUCAAGUUGGAGACCACGAACGCGUCCAUCCAGGUGAACGAGGACACAUCCGGCCUGACGGUGGGCGACCCCGUGGAGCGCCGCAAGCAGUCGCUGUCCGUGGAGCUCGGGCCGGGCAUCGUGGACAACAUCUUCGACGGCAUCCAGCGCCCGCUGCACGCCAUCAGCGACCUGGCCAAGGACGUGUACAUCUCCGCGGCAUCUUGUCCCAGCGUCUUCGGCACCAUGGUCAAGAUCUACGGCGCCGGCAUCGACAACGAGUUUUUCACGCUCAACGACACGGUGCUCGAGGUGUGCGAUGGCACCACGGCCGUCACGUGCAAGCUUGACGCAUCGCACAGGUGGCCCCUCGCCGGCCAGCACAUUAUCGACACGCUGUUCCUCUCCGUGCUGGGCGGAUCAUGUGCCGUGCCCGGCGCUGUCGGAUGCGACAAGACGGUCAUCUCACAGGCGCUGUUUAAGCACUCCAACUUGGACGCCAUCGUGUACGUGGGCUGCGGCAAGCGCGGUAACGGGAUGGCCGAGGUGCUGAACGACUUCCCCGAGCUCACGAUGGCGAUCAACGACCGCGAGGUGCCCAUCCUGAAGCGCAAGACGCUGGUGACCAACACCAGUAAAAUGCCCGUGGCUGCACGUGAGGCCUCGAUCUACACCGGUAUCACUCUGGCCGAGUACUUCUGUGACCAGGGCACGAACGUGUCCGUGAUGGCCGACUCCACGAGUCGUUGGGCCGGUGAUCGCUGCGUGAAAUCUCGGGUCGUCUGGGGCUACCCCGCUUACCUGGGCGCAGCUCGUCUGGCCGCCUUCUACGAGCGUGGCCGUGAAGGCAGUGUGACUGUCGUGGGCGCCGUCUCGCCUCCUGGUGGUGAUUUCUCGGACCCCGCGACGGCCAUCACUCUGAGUACUGCGCAGGUCUUCUGGGGUCUGGACAAGACGCUGGUCCAGCGCAAGCGCCUCCCGCCCUACAUGCGCGUGCUGAAGACCUUCUUCAACAAGAUCGACCCGGAGUACUUGACGCUGCGCACCAAGUGCCAGGAGAUUCUGCAGAAGGAGGACAACCUGACGGAGAUCGUGCUGCUGGUGAGCAAGGAGUCGCUGUCCGAGGACCCGAAGGCUAGGAGCGACUUCACGUGUCCGCUGACCAAGAGCGUGGGCAUACUGCGCUCCAUCAUCCGCUUCUACGACCUGAGCCAGGACGACUCGCCGCCCGACGCCAAGGUAAUGUUAGUGCAGCGCAGGAAAUGA